AUGGCAUCAAUCGAGCAGACAUGGAGCCUUGCCGGCAAGGUCGCCGUUGUUACCGGCUCAGGCCGUGGUAUCGGAAAGGCGAUGGCCAUUGAGCUGGCCAAGCGUGGCGCAAAGGUCGCCGUCAACUACGCCAACGCCGUCGAGGGAGCUGAGCAGGUUGUCAAGGAGAUCAAGGCCCUUGGUAAUGGCUCAGAUGCCGCUGCCUUCAAGGCUAACGUUGGCAACGUCGAGGAGUCUGAGAAGCUGAUGGAUGACGUUGUUGCCCACUUCGGCAAGCUCGACAUCUGCUGCUCAAACUCUGGUGUCGUCUCCUUCGGUCACUUCAAGGACGUCACACCCGAGGAGUUCGACCGUGUCUUCACCAUUAACACCCGUGGUCAGUUCUUCGUCGCCAAGGCGGCAUACAAGAGGAUGGAGAUGGGUGGUCGCAUCAUCCUUAUGGGAUCCAUCACUGGUCAGGCCAAGGGUGUACCCAAGCACGCUGUCUACUCCGGCUCAAAGGGUGCCAUUGAGACCUUCACCAGGUGCAUGGCUAUCGAUGCUGGCGAGAAGAAGAUCACCGUCAACUGCGUUGCACCCGGUGGCAUCAAGACCGACAUGUACCACGCAGUGUGCCGCGAGUACAUUCCCGGUGGUGAGAAGCUCUCCGAUGACCAGGUCGACGAGUACGCCUGCACAUGGUCCCCUCACAACCGUGUCGGCCAGCCAGUAGACAUUGCCCGUGUCGUCUGCUUCCUUGCUUCUCAAGACGGUGACUGGGUCAACGGAAAGGUCAUUGGCAUUGAUGGCGCUGCUUGCAUGUAA